AAUUCUCCACGCUUUGUGCCUCUUCCCCCCUUCUCUCUCUCUCUCUCUCUCUCUCACACACACACACACACACGAACACCUGCGCAGAGCCGGUGAAUCACGCCGACGCCGCUUCGCUUCGCUCUCCAAUCUCUCAUCCAUCCUGACAGUCAGAUGGCCUCCAUUUUAAUCAGAAGACUCUCCGCAGUAGAAAGAAGAUUCAUUGCCAUCAACUGCAGCACAGGAUUGCGUUUCGUUUAAUAUUUCACAAGUUCCUUCGCGCUCUGUGUGGAUUGGUUGGCUCUCUUUUGUUUCCUGGAGGUGAAAUGAUGCUCAAGUGAUGCUGCGUCGUUGUUCCCACCCGCUGUAGAACAACAUCACCAACAUCAUCAGCAGCAUCAUCAUCAACAUCGCCGGUAUGAGUCUGAUCGAAGAGCCCAACAUGAGAGAUUUGGACUAACAAACCCGCAGGGCUGUUGAAGAUCUCAAGUAUUUAAAACGCGGAAGUUAACGUGCUGGAGAAAGCCUCAGUGGCAGAAAUAAGACAAAGGCACAAAUGAAACUCUGCAACUGACUAUAAAGAACUGAGAAACAUUGUUACCACACACACACACACACACACACACAUAUUGACUUAUUACUUAACACACAUACACAAUGGCACUGGACAACACCGCCUUCUCCUCGUGCCCCGAAUCCCUGUCCCUCCCAGUUCCAGAGAAAGGGGAGGAGCCUGUGGAGGAGGCCCCAAAGGAUGCUCCGCCCCCUGAUGUACAGAACGCAUCUGAGGAGCUGGUAACCACAGAGACGGCCCUGCCCACACAGCCACCAUCCAAUAACAAAAUGUCCUUCCAGGCCAAGAUGGCUGCAAGGGAGGCGCAGGCCAAUCAACCCAUGAAGAAAGUUCAGGGGGGCGGGCAAGAGUGGAGCAAGUUUGGAUGGGCACGCAACAGGCGUAAGAGGCAGCGCUAUGUGGAGAAAAACGGCCGUUGUAAUGUGCAGCACGGUAAUAUGCGUGAGACGUACCGUUACCUGACUGAUAUCUUCACAACCCUGGUGGAUCUGAACUGGCGCUGCUCUCUGUUUGUCUUUGUCAUGGCGUAUGCAGUGACCUGGCUCUUCUUUGGAGCAAUAUGGUACCUCAUUGCAUACUGCAGGGGUGAUCUGGAUCAUUUAGAGGAUGCGGCAUGGACUCCAUGUGUGAAUAAUGUUAAUGGAUUCAUCUCUGCGUUCCUUUUCUCCAUUGAAACGGAGACGACCAUUGGCUACGGUUACCGUGUCAUCACUGACCAGUGUCCAGUGGGCACCAUGUUACUCUUGCUACAAGCCAUCCUGGGAUCUAUGGUCAAUGCAUUCAUGGUUGGUUGUAUGUUUGUGAAGAUCUCCCAGCCGAAUAAGCGUGCCGAGACGUUGGUGUUCUCUCGUAAUGCUGUCAUCUCACUGCGGGAUGACAAGCUCUGUUUGAUGUUCCGCGUUGGGGACUUGAGAUCCUCCCACAUUGUGGGCGCCAACAUGAGAGCCAAACUUAUCAAAUCCAAACAGACACAAGAGGGUGAGUUCAUUCCACUGGAUCAGACUGAUAUCAGUGUGGGUUUUGAGACGGGAGAUGAUCGUCUCUUCCUGGUGUCUCCGUUGGUGAUCUCUCACGAGAUCGAUGUUCGCUCUCCGUUCUGGGACAUGUCACAUGCUCAGCUGGAGAAAGAGGACUUUGAGAUUGUUGUCAUCUUGGAGGGGAUGGUGGAAGCUACAGGUAUGACCUGUCAGGCACGGAGCUCCUACCUGGCUGAAGAGCUCUUAUGGGGUCACAGGUUUAGUCCCAUGAUGUUGCUAGCCGAUGGAUUCUUCGACGUGGAUUAUGGGGCCUUUCACCACACAUUUGAGGUGGACACACCCUCCUGUUCGGCGAGAGAGCUGGCAUUGGCUGCCGCCCGUUUGGAUGCUCAUCUCUAUUGGUCGAUCUCCAGUCGGCUUGAUGAAGAGAAAUGGGAGGAUCCUAAUGUGACUGAACAGACGGGGAAGUCCACUGAUUCAGAAUCUAUCAGGGAGAGAGACGGGCCAACAUUUACUGUUGGCGGAGUUACAAAUACCCAGGACCAAUCCGUUGUAGGGGAGCAGAACGGCAGUGUCGCCACUGACCAAUCAGAGUCUGAGGCUUAAAAGGAUGCAAGAAUGUAAAAGGUACGGAAAUGUUCGAAGAAGUCCAGUUCAUGUAAAUUUAACUUUAGACUGGAUUGUCCAGCGAUCCAAGCCUUCUACUCCGAGUUAGAUUUUUACAUGUAUAGUCGCUAAUGCCUAGCAUAGAAUACUUUCCCCAAGGGGGAAAUCAUAGCGUCUCCUUGCUGUGUUUUCAGUCAGAUUUAUUCUUAACUUUUGAUGUUUCACGACAACAUUGCCUUUGAAUUCACACAGUAGCUCUGUUUCCAACUCUAGUGAGCUGCCUCGCUGUCUACUGUCUACAUAGGCACCUACUUUCUAUCAUCCUAAGUGAAAUGAAACCUGAGAAGGAUACAUGCAGUGUUGUCAUAAAAUGUGGCCAAAACAAGACAUCUUAAAGGCACAAUAUGUAAGAUUUUUGGAUUAAAAUAUCCAAAAACCACUAAAACAAUGUUAUAUAUUUUGUUUAAAUGUGUAACCGUAACAAAAUUCAAGAUCAGGGAAGAAGGCGAAUUUUAAAUGUAACUUUAAUCAUAACUUUAAUCAUAAAAUAUGCAUAAACAACAAAGCGAAACAAGCCCCAGGCUUUCAGCCCCGCUCUGCUUCAUACCACGGUAACGUUAAUAAAAUUUUAUUACAUUAGCUCAACCAUGAACAUGAUUUCUACCUAAGUCCUGUCGGAUUGCUUUCCAUUGGCUGUGGAGGUGACUAUGACAACUCCCAUGAUUCCACACUCAUUCACGGCAUCAUCAAGCUACGCCUUUGUUAUUGUUUUGAGAAAACGACCUCUAGCGGCAAAACAUAGUGUGACUUUAAUUGAUGUCUUGGUAGACAACUCACUAGGCUUUGGAACUGAGCUAACAUGUCUGAUUUGUAUUAGUACCAAUCAUUUGGGUAAAUUUAACAGUCUUAAACGUUUCCACUGCCUUUCUUUCAUAAGUGUUCAUCCAGUGCGGUUCUGAGGUACGAGCCGCUACUAUUUUUAAAACAAUCAUUUGCAACAAGCCUGUGCAAGUUGUUUAGAGUCACGUUGGUUAGAUUCACAUGUACCUGCAAAAGAAGUGAACAUGUUACUAUGGAGACAUUAGUCUGCAUUCCAAUUUGCAACAUCACAGCAGAGUUUAGCGUUAGCUUUUUAAGAGUCAGGCGGUGGUAAAUUUAGCACACUCUCAUAACUGCCAACAACAGUUUAGCCUGGGAAAGUCAUUCGAAUUUUAUCCGUGUCAUUAUGCGAGUGGGUCUAGACGAUAAAUAGAUUAAAUGGAGAUAUUGGAAGCUAUUAGUCCACUGCAUCAUUUCACCAUCCUAAUUAAAUCGAUGUAGAAAUUAACAUCGUCCUGUGAUUGAUCAGCUGUUGCCACCAAAUGUGACUGAAUACACAUUGCUGUUCUUUGUAUUUGUUAUUUGUUUUAUUCAUAUGUGUCCAUAGCAACAAAUAACUCUUUGCUCAGUUACUGCUGCAGAUGAGAUAAGUGAGAGAAAGUGAGAGAGAAUUUUUAAAGUGGGCAUUAAAGGGAAGAAAUUAGUUGGUGAAUAUUUCAAACACAUCAACGGGCCAUUUUAACAUAUGAACUAUAUUAGAUAUAGUGCAACAAGGGGCGUCUUCAGUCAGCUGGUUCAAAUGUCUUCUCAUGCUGGUUUAGACUGGUUUAUAGGUGGUCUUUUUGGUGAAGCUUGUUGACCAAGGAAGUCUUGCUGGUAAAGUUACUCAAAAGUUAAGAUUUUUAAGUUAGCAAUUCUCCAUAUUUUCUAUAUGCAUACACUCUUAAAGGGAUAGUUCACCCUAUGAUGAAAAUUAAGUCAUCAUUUACUCACCCUGGUGUUGUUCUAAUGCAGUAUGCCCUUCUUUCUUUUAUGGACUUUAUAUCCCGCUCGUGUUCAUCCAUAUAAAGGCAGUGAAUAGCGACCAGCAUCAAGCUUUUUAAAAAAGAUGCAAAAGUAUCACAGAAUGAUCCCUUGUGACACAUGUCGUAUAUUCCAAGUGUUCUGGCGGUAUACAAGUUCAAGUUUCAAGUUUAAUUCAUUUAUGAAGCAUAUUUAAAACAACCUUGGUUGACCAAAGUGCUGUACAAAAUUACCUAGGUCCAUCACCAAAAUUAAAAUAGACAUUCACAAGAUGUUAAAAGCACAAGAGUGCAAAUUUGUCUUCAAAUCUUGAAGACAGUGUAUUAAUUGAUUUAUGGCAGACCUGUCGUUGCACAUAAAUGGUAUUUAAAGUUGCGUAUCAUCGGCAUAGCAAUGACAGGACACACCAAAUCGCCUAAAUAUAGAACCAAUGGGUAACAUGUACAAUUAAAACAGUAAUGGUGCCAAAGUUGAACCCACAUGUAGCAUGCGCUACAGAAGAAGAAUGCUCCCCUAUAUUUACUGAGAAUCUUUUUUUGGACAGGAAAGACCGAAACCCGUCAAGUACAGUGCCUCUAACACUGAUGCAGCACUCUAAGCGAGACAGCAAGAUAGCGUGGUCGACAAAAUCAAAUACGAUAAGGGUUUGUUGAAAACAAACCGAAAUUUAAUGUAUUAUUUAACAAAAUUCUUGACCUUGGCCAUUGGCCUUCUCUGCACGGAUGCACGACAUGUGCGUUCGUAAGACUCUAUUAGCGCCGCAUUUCACUCCGUGUUGCCCAGAAAAAGCACAAAAGUUGUCAGACAUUAAGAUUGACAAAAUCGGCACGUGUCGCAUGGGAUCGUUCUGUGAUACUUUUGGAUCUUUUUUAAAAUCUUGAUGCUGGUCGCUAUUCACUGCCAUUAUAUGGAUGAGCGCAAGUGGGACUUUUUUUUUAUUUUUUUAUUCUCCUUUUUUGGUCCAUAAAAGAAAGAACGGUAUACAGUAUUAGAACUACACUAGGGUGAGUAAAUGAUGACUUAAAGGGAUAGUUCACCCAAAAAUAAUAAAAUAUACGCCAAAAAGGUUCUAAUAUAUAUAUAUAUAUAUAUAUAUAUAUAUAUAUAUAUAUUUUUUUUUUUUUUUUUUUUUUUUUUUUUGCAGAAAUGCUAUAAAAAGAACCAUUUUUGGCUCUCCAAAGAACCUUUCAGUGAACCAUUUUUUUUUCCAGUGUGAAGAACGUUUUAUAAUCUAAAGAACCUUUUUCGAGUAUAAAGAACUUUUUGUGCAAUUUUAAAGGUUUCAUGGAUGUUAAAGGUUCUUCAUGGAACCAUCGGUGCCAAUAAAGAACCUUUAUUUUUAAGAGUGUACAACAAACCAGUACAAUCAAAAUGUACAUAACAAAGAAAAGAAAAGAAAAGAAAAAAAGAAACAGUACCUCUUUCUGUUAUUCUUAAGGAAGAAUGGGAAUAAUGAUAUUAAUAUUAAUGAAACAGAAACAUCUGCAAAUAAACAGGGUUUUUUUACACUCACAGAAACUUAUAUCUUAACAAAAGAAAUAGAUUUUUUUUUAAAAAGAUAGGAGUUCUACGUCACAAGCUGCUGUUUAUAUUUUUUCCUGAUGGUCUCCUGUCAUGUUUUUCAUUUAGACACUAUGAUCAAGUAUUUCUAGUUCUCUUAGUUUCCUCUGGGACAAUCGUGUUUAAUGCUUCGGGUUUGGAACUGUGAUCCUCAACCCAACUUAAUAUUAAUCAUCAAAUGUUGAAGAAAUCAGACUGAUCCUGGAUCAGGUUUCAUGUUCUAUUUACAUACACAGACACUAAUUAUGCUCAAACCCCCCCUAAUUGGCAUGUGAUGUAGAGCGCACUGUCAUGAGCAAUGCACUGAUGUGUUUAUGUAGAGUAAUGUGUGUGUGUGUGUGUGUGUGGUGUAUAUUGACAUAGAACAGGCAGGCUGGACCUUUAUGUGACAAGUUAUUAAUGAAAGCUUCCAGUGCAUCAUUAUGAAGAUUUCUAUUUCAAUAUACUCCAUUCAGAAGAUAAAAUGUUCAGAUUCGUAUUUGAAUGAAUUAAAGGUUCACUCAGUAAUAUUUUUGUCCUUGUCCUGUUGUCAUUGCAGCUCAUGUAGAUACAGAAGUUCUCAGUUCUCAAUGCCCGAGUAGAAAUGUUUGCCGUCAUAUGAUUAAAUUAUUCUGAAAGCAUACACUACCGUUUAAAAGUUUGAGGAUUUUUUCAUGUUUGUGAAAGAAGUCUCUUCUGCUCACCAAGGCUGCAUUUAUUUAAUGAAAAAUACAGAUAAAAACAGUAAUAUUGUGAAAUAUUUUUACAGUUUAAAAUAGCUGUUUUCUAUUUGAAUAUUUUUUUAAAUGUAAUUUAUUCCUGUGAUGUAAAGCAUCAUUACUCCAAUCUUCAGUGUCACAUGAUCCUUUAGAAAUCAUUCUAAUAUGCCGAUUUGCUCCUCAAGAAACAUUUCUUAUUAUUAUCAGUGUUGAAAACAGUUGUGCUGCUUAAUAUUUUUGUGAAAACUGGGAUACAUUUUUUUCAGGAUUUUUGAUGAAUAGAAAGUUCAAAAGUAUUUUUUUGUAACAGUGUAAAAGUCUUUACUGUAAUUUUUGGUCAAUUUAAUGUGUCAUUGGUGAACAAAAGUGUAAUAGUUUCUUUUUUUAAAAAAGAAAAUCUUACUGACCUCAAACUUAUCUCAAGACUGAGAUAAAGUGAGUAGCAUUCAGCUGUGAUCAUUGUUUUACAGUUUUUAAUGAGGGAAAAUUACUGAGUGCACCUUUAAAUUUGAGUUUGAAACAUGCUGAGAGAUCAUGAAUAUUAUGAAUAUAAGGGAUAGUUCACCCAAAAAAUGAAGAUUCUGUCAUCAUUUACUCACCCUCAAGUUGUUCCAAACCUGAAUUUCUUUCUUCUGCUGAACACAAAAGAAGAUAUUUUAAAGAAAAUGGUUAACCAAACAGUUGAUGGACCCCAUUGACUUCCAUAGUAUUACUAUGAAAGUCAAUGGGGUCCAUUAACUGUUCGAUUACCGACAAAUAUCUUCUUUUGUGUGCAGCAGAAGAAAGAAAUUCAUACAGGUUUGGAACAACUUGAGGGUGAACUAUCAUUUUUUCUUUUUUGGGUGAACUAUCCCUUUAAAUCACUGAGAGAAACUGUGUGUUUUCCCCCAGUGUUCCAGUAUGUGCUUUCCUGUAUGUGAUUUGUAGCUCACUUGAAUGUCUUUAGCACAUACGAUAAGCACAGACACUGCUCUCAUGCAGGUUUUCUCCUCUUGCUUUUGCUGCUGUUGACAUUUUUAAAAUGUAUGUUUUUAAGCUUUACUAUACGUCAUAAUAAAACUAUAUUCAACCUAA